AUGGGCCGCAAGACCAAGAAGGGCGGCGGCAGGAAGCCGCCCCGCCCCGCGGUGGGCGCGCCGCCGCCGCCGCCGACCAACGCGGACUGGGACGACUCCACCGCCGCGUUCAGGAAGGAGGCCGAGUCCGCGAUCCGCGCCCUGCCCGGCGGCGGCGGCGCGGCGGCGGCGGCCCGCCUCGCGGAGCGCCACCCGGCGUCGCCCCUCGCGCUCCACGUCCUCGGCCACGCGCGCGCCUCGGCCGCGCGGGCGCGCGCCUCGGCCGCGCGGGCGGGCGACGCGGUCCCGGCGCUCCGCCGCGCCGCGGAGCUCGCCCCGCGGUGCCCCGGGAUCGCCGCCGCGCUGGCCUCGGCGCUUCUCUACGCGCGCCAGCCCGGCGAGGCCCUCGCGGAGUGCGCGCGCGCGCUCGCCGUGGCGGACCCUACCGACCCGGCCCUGCACGCCGCCGCCUCCCGCGGCGGCCUCGCGGCGCCGAGCCCACAGGCGCGCGUCGCGGCGGCGCGGGAGCGGCUCCUCGGGGUCCGCGCCGACGCGGAGGCCCUGGAGGCCGCGGGGUUCCGCGGCGCCGCCGCGCCGCUGCAGCAGCCGGUGAUGGUGCCGACGAGGAUGUCCUGCUGUUGCCGCCACGCCACCAAGCGGAGCGCGGUGACCGACGACGACUUGCGCGGCUUUCUCACGGUGAGCUUCGACGACCUGACGGCGCACUGCGACCAAACGGGCAGCGUGCAUCUGCUCACCAGGGCAUUGGAGUUUGCCAAGGCCACGAAGGCGUGGGCGUACUGGCUGUGCCCUGUGUGCGACAACAUUUUCUUGGACGCGAACUCGUUCGUGUCACACGUCGAGGGCGAGUACAUUCAUGAGCUUCAGGAGUUGCAGCCAUUGAUGCCCAAGAGAGCAGCCUUGGAUGCCGACGAGCUUCAGUAUUCCUUGAAGUGGACGCCAUUUGAGCUGGGAGAAGAAGACCCCGAGCGAAGAAGGAACUUGGACAAGAUCAAGCAGGUCUUCUCUUGUCUCAAUACAUUUAAGGCUCUCUCUGUUGGCCUUAUGGACAAGGUCAUCAAGUUAGCGAGGGGCAGGUCCAAGAAACCAUUGCCAUAUUGCAUUCCUUCAUGUGCCACCUCGUUGGAUCCCAGGGAACUUCAGAGGCUCGUGAAACCAUUGGACCAGCUUCUUAAACAUUUGUCCAGAGGCUGGGAAUUUGUGAGGACUUUGGGUAACGAAGGGAACAGCAAGGGUCGUUCUGAGAUCAUAUCUCUAGUUCAUGAUGGGAGCUUAGUAUUAUCUUUGGACGCUGAGAAGAUUGUUACAAGAAAAAAGGAUGGCACUUGCGAGGAGGAUGCAUUGUUUAGAUGGCUGUUAAAUUCUCUGGAAGAGGUAGCCAUGCCAUGGGCCAGCUUGAGGCAGAAGUGUGUUUAUCAUGGAAACGAAGUCCUGGAAAGGAUAUAUGAAAUAUCAGAUUCGUUGCUGAGGCAAUCAAAUCUGAAGUGUGCUGGAAAGGAGAAAAAUCAUAGGGGUUAUUCCCUUACGGAGGCGGAUUCUAUAGAUGUUGAGAUGUUGCUAUUGGAUAAUGAAUUGGGCUAUUUAAAGAACAAGCUCGUGGAAGUUUGUACUUUUGAUUACUGUGCUGCCAUUUUGCCUCUUAUCAGGGCCUAUAUAUGGGAUAAAUUGAAUAAUUCUCCAGGAGAAGGCUCGCAGGAUGGGGUUGAUAAAGGUGCUGUCGACAAUAGAGAUGGUUUUGACAGCCUCCAUGGUGAAUCUUUAUUCGAUGAUAAAAUUCCAGACACUGAUUCAGAUGUGCAAUUUACGAUCAGCAGGACAGAUGAAUGUGAAAACUCCUCGCUCUCACAAUCAGACAGCUCGAACUUUUCUACCGUCGAAACUGAAAGUUUUUCCAUGGACAGUGGAGUGGCCACUGUACUUCACAUUACUGCUGACGAUCUGCAGAUAUUGAAUGUGACUCUCCGGGCAUUGUGGCAUUCGAGGGAAUUCCAUGAUAGGUUUCUGAAUAUGCCACUUGUACUACCUCAUUUUACAAUUGAAGUGCACUGCAUUGUCUGUCUUUUGCGAAAAAUAUUUAAUGCAUGGGACAAUGACAAAGACUAUGGAGUCACUACUUUUCCAAGUGAUGUAAGAACUGCUUUCAGUGAUAUUUUGAAUGAUCGGAAUCUUUUCGGGAAGGAAGGUGUGAACAUUGUAUCAGAAAUUGUAUCAACAAUCUUUGGGGCGUUGCACAAGUCACAUGCUUCUCUGCAUUCUGACAAUCCAACAUUUGAACACCAAGCAAUAAGCACUACGAGAUGUCUCGAUUUCGUAUGUGUAGCACAUAAUGUUUUUGGUUUGCCCAUUAGAGAACAAAAGAAAUGCAACUGUCUGAAUGAAUCCUCCGACGAAAAGGACUACACUACAUUUUUCCAUAGCGUUGAUGUCAGUACAAUUCAAACAAUGGAGAUGAAAUCAUUUGGUCAGCUCCUGAGAGAUGCAGACAAGCAGAAUCAGUACGACUCUGAGAACUGCCCAUGUGGGAAUAAAACUGAGCAUUCUCUUCGAUCUGCACCUCCUGUUUUUUCUGUUGUGUUUAACUGGGCGAUUGAUAAGGAAAGCCACAUAGACAUGUCAGAAGUACUGAGGAACAUAACCACACCGUUGCAGUUUGAUGUACUUUAUGAAGUCCUGCGUCAAGAAGAGUAUACUCUGGCUACAGCCGUAUGCUGUGUUGAGGAGGAACAUCUCUGCUUUGCCUGGAAAGAGGGAAAAUGGAUCAUAUAUGGAAGCAAGACAAUAGAGUUUGCUGAUUCUUGGGAGAGUUUGCUCCAUCGGUAUCGCCAUAGAAGUCUCCGACCCCAAAUACUUUUCUUUGACUGUGUCAGAUAUAGCAGUAUUCGUUGAUCACUGCUGCUGAAGUUAUUUUGUCAUUUGAUUGUGGUAGCAUUCACAUGGGAUAGGUGCAAAGCCAAUUUGGUGCCACAGCCUUUUGUACAUCCUUGUCUCGUCUUGAUUAGAUAUUUAGGUUCCAUUUAGCUGAAACUUGGUUCAGAUUUUUGAGCUUUA